UUAUACGCACGUUUCCUGCGUGAAAAAUUAAUUUAUUGUCACGUAUAUAUAGAUAUAUUAAUUUAUCUAUAUUAAUCCAGAGACUCUGGAUUCUACAGAGAAAUCGAGGAUCUUUCGUGAAAUUCACGAUCCAGUUUUACCACCCAGUUAGGAGCCUGCUAGGACGGGUCUCUCUCUCUUGAGGAUCGAGAGGAGCAUUCGCACCGAGCGGAUUCUCCACCGAAAGAAGAUUAAAAAAGUGCAUCAAUCGAGACUGGAUUAACCUGAUAGUUGACCUACCACAAUUGAUCUGAUUGAUCAUCCCUUGGGACUCUUCAGUAACAAUCGGAUAAUUUUCGAAAGAACGAUUCGUGUGCGGAAGUGUUGAAGGAUCUUCGGUCCUUGUUUUGUUUUUUUUUUUGUGCAGAGAGUGUUCAAACCGUGGGAUUAAGAGUGAACUCUUUGCAAAGUUGAAAAAGUGAAUUUUCGAGUGUGACCUUAAGUGUUGACCCCCAAUGGACCUGAUGAUCGAAACAAUGCCACGCUGUCGGGUUCGCCGUCGUUUCGUUUUCCGACCCCGGUUGGAGAAGCUUUAAAUUGAGAAACCUAGUUUUGUGGAAGAUUUUUGUCUUCGGUUUGAUGAUCCAGUGACCGCUUCGAUGCCGAGAAGAAAGUUCAAGUGAGUUGCCCCGGCUUUGACGGAACCAAGGUUGGUGGAACUCGUGUCGGGAGCGGAGUGUGUGAGUAGUUUUGGGCCCGCCGGAGAAGAUCGAACCCGUCAAAGUGGCUUCGUCACUGGGGCUCCAGGGGCCUGCAGCGCCAAUCGGGGCCCAAUUAUUGGCUUCUGGCGGUUCGGAGAAUCAUGCACCCGCUACCAUUUACCACGCAAAUCUGGUAGCUGGUACCAGCAACAACGUGACAGCGGCACUCCAGCAGCCACUUCUCAACUCCCUUAAUCCGGCGGCGGCCCUCAAAGAUAUGCAGGCCUCCGCGGAAGCCAAUUCCUUUGACCUACAGGCCAUGCAGUCCAUGGAGUGGCUCUUCAGAAAGGAACGCAUCUACCUACUCGCGCAGUUCUGGCAACAGAAAGCAAGUUUGGCUGAGAAGGAGGUCACGGCGUUGAAGGAGCAGCUUGCCGCGGCGAACGAUGGGAAUUCCAAGACUGAGGGACAACAUUUGUCCCAGAAUCCUCAGGGUGCCGAGCAGGCUCACGAUGCCAGCAAUCCGAGGAGGACGCCCAACAGCAACCUCGAGCAGGAACUUCAAGCCAAGGACAAAGAGAUCAGUCAGCUGGUUGAAGAAGUAUCCAGGCUGCAACUGAGUUUGCAGCGGCUCCAAGAAACGAGCGCUCAGGCGACGGCGCGCCUUGAAGAGGAACUCGAAGCGCGCCGACAGCACAUCAGCAGACUAGAGAGUAAGCUAGAAAGACAGAGGGACUACGAUGACCUGAAACGAGAAAUAAGCGUAUUAAGGUCCGUCGAUCUCUCGCAAAUACCGACUGGAGAACCUGGAAAAAGCCUCGAACACCUCCUUAUGGAACGCUCAAAGGCUCUCCAACAAGCGGAGAACCUCAAACCACCCAGCACACCCGACACUCUAGGUGGACUAUCGUCACCUCUGCAGCGUGCCACGACCGCCUCGCCCCACGGGGUGGUAAAUGCACCACCAUCAUCCCUUGUAUCCUCCCAGACAACACUCCCAACUCGCUCCACUCCGACACCAUCUUCUGCCACAUCAACGAGCUCGAGCCUCCUUUUCCCACCACCUCUCCAAAACGUGGAGACAUUCGGUUCCUUCCUCGGCGAGGAGAUUGUCGCUAAUUGGAGGCGAUCGCUGGAGAAAACGAUCAUGAGCCAACAGCAACCACAGCAAACGUCACAAGCUUCCCAACCACAGCAGACACAAUCUACCAUUCUAGGACUUCACCCACCUUCGACGCCAAGUAGUCUAAAUCAUCUUCCAUCACCAACAGAUCCCAUCUCGUCGUCCAACACGCCAGCCAAGUCGAGCACACCUCUGGGUACCACUCUGGGUUCCCUAGAUGCAACGGAAAAAGCCUCGACGCCGGUACCAGGUCACGAGACACCAGCACCACCUACGCCCUCAUCAACGGCCUUGACAUCUCCUCCAGCCACGUUACCACCUCCAACAUCCACUGCGGAUUCCAUCGUCAAUGGAGGAAGUAUCGGAAGUCUGAGCAGUCUUGGAAGUCUCGUAAAUCUAGUACCACCACCCAAGAGUCCUGCAGAGGAAUCUUGUCACAACAACAACAAUAGCCAUCAUCUAGCCAACAACAACAACAUCGGUGCCCUCAGUGUUCUGGAUAGUCUGAAGGGUCCCUUUCGAUUUGACGACCGGACGCACCCUUUCAGAUUUGGGGACGAGUUCGGUGCAGCAGGAAUGGCUGGAAGGCUCGGAGAAUCUCUUAUUCCUAAAGGAGAUCCCAUGGAAGCUAGACUUCAGGAGAUGCUGCGUUAUAACAUGGACAAGUACGCUUCCCAAAAUCUGGAUACGUUAAACAUCGCGCGGAGGGUUCGCGAGCUGCUCUCGAUACACAACAUUGGUCAGAGACUUUUCGCCAAGUAUGUCCUGGGUCUCAGUCAAGGGACUGUCAGUGAGCUGCUAAGUAAACCAAAACCUUGGGAUAAACUGACGGAGAAAGGAAGGGACAGUUACCGAAAGAUGCACGGAUGGGCUUGCGACGACAACGCUGUUAUGCUGCUCAAGUCUCUCAUUCCCAAAAAAGAGUAUGUUUCAGGCAAGGAGCAGGGAAUGCCAGCAUUUGCUCGUGGUCCUCAGGAUGGUCCACCGGACAUGAGUGAUGAAAGAUUAGCUCAUAUUCUUUCGGAAUCGGGUCACCUUCAAAUGCGAGGUGAUCUUGAUGUCUCAAACGACGCCGACAGCAAGAGUCCAAGUCGUGUCGGUUGUCCCAGUCCUUUCAGCAAGGACCGAAUGGACAGCCAAAACCGUAGACUGAAGAAGUACGAAAACGACGACAUUCCCCAGGAAAAAGUUGUGAGGAUCUAUCAGGAGGAGUUGGCCAAACUCAUGGGACGAAGAGUCGAUGAUCUUCGCGGACCCAGGGACUUCCUUCAAAGCGCGAUGUUUCCGCACUUUUUCAGUGGCAACCCUGGAAUGCCAGGCAUGGAACGCACUCAGGAUGAUAUUCGUCUCGCUCUUGACGCUUAUCAUCGUGAACUUCAGAAAUUGAAUGUAGCCACUGGCCAGACUCCUACCCUAGGCGGACUUCCACUUUCCGGCUUACCCAGCAUCCUUCUCCAGCAACAAGCUCUUCAGCAGCAUCAUCUUGCGACAAACGGUGGUGCUGGUGUUCAGGAUUUAAGCUUGGGCAAGCUGGAUCCGCGAAAUAAAAUGAUGAACGGAAUCUCGGAAGAGGAGAAGGAAAAAAUGGAAGAGGCUAUGAGGCACGCUGGUAGCGCCUUCUCCCUAGUGAGACCUAAACAGGAACCGACGGGACCCCAGUCAACUCCUGGCGGUUCCAGCGCGAGUUCACCAUUAGGCAACUCCAUUCUUCCACCUGCAAUGACACCCAGCGAAGAAUUCGCUGGUGCUGCAGCAGCCAGCCCUCUUCAGAGGAUGGCUUCAAUCACCAACAGCUUGAUCAGUCAACCGUCCACUCCAACUCACCACUCAGCCAAUCAACGACCACUCAAAGCUGUUCUGCCACCCAUCACCCAACAGCAAUUCGACAUGUACAACAACCUGAAUACCGAAGACAUUGUCAAGAGGGUGAAAGAGCAACUCUCGCAGUAUUCAAUUUCGCAGCGGCUCUUUGGCGAAUCCGUGUUGGGCUUGUCUCAGGGUUCAGUCUCGGAUCUUCUCGCAAGGCCGAAACCCUGGCACAUGCUCACCCAGAAGGGACGGGAGCCCUUCAUCAGGAUGAAGAUGUUCCUGGAAGAUGACAACGCGGUUCACAAAUUGGUCGCCAGUCAGUACAAAAUCGCUCCGGAGAAGCUGAUGAGGACCGGCGGCUACGGCGGCCUGCCUCGUAAGUUUAACUCAGCUUGCGGGACACCCAUGAAGCCAAUGCCACCGACUAAACUAGUUCAGGAGCAGCUUCAGAAUGCAGCGAAGGCUCAAGCAGCAGCGCAGGCUGCAGCUCAAGCCGCUGCUCAGCAUCAGCAGGAGAGUCAGAUGCAGCUCGGACCACCUCCCCAGAAUCCUCAUCCUCAGAUUCCUCAGCCACCACCGCCGAUGAUGAUGACACCAACCGGUCCCCUUCAUCCGCACGCUCAGCUCAACAUGGAGCUUCAAAAGAAACAGCAUCAGCAACAGCAGCAAAUAAAUCUCCACUCUCCCCACCAUCAGAUGGCUCCCUCACCACUGAGAUCUCUCCAUCCGCACAUUUCCCCAAGUGUCUACGAAAUGGCCGCUCUCACGCAAGACCUCGACACCCAAACGAUCACCACGAAAAUCAAGGAGGCGCUUCUGGCGAACAACAUAGGUCAGAAGAUCUUCGGAGAAGCCGUUCUGGGUCUCUCGCAAGGAUCAGUCAGUGAACUCCUCAGUAAACCGAAGCCGUGGCACAUGCUGAGCAUCAAAGGAAGGGAGCCCUUCAUCAGAAUGCAGCUGUGGCUUUCCGACGCGCACAAUGUCGACCGACUCCAGGCGCUCAAGAACGAGCGACGAGAGGCGAACAAGAGAAGACGCAGCAGUGGACCUGGACAUGACAACAGCUCAGACACGUCGAGUAACGACACUGCGGAGUUCUACCACUCCGCAUCUCCUGGGCCCGGUCCAGCUUCGGCGAAGAAGCAACGAGUUCUCUUCAGCGAGGAGCAAAAGGAGGCUUUGAGGCUCGCCUUUGCGUUGGAUCCCUAUCCCAAUGUCUCCACCAUUGAGUUCCUCGCUGGCGAGUUGAGUCUCUCUUCCCGGACGAUAACGAACUGGUUCCACAAUCAUCGGAUGAGGUUAAAACAGCAGGCGCCACAUGGCCAGCCGGAGCCCCAGUCGCCAAGAGAACCCGGACAACCCUUCGACGCUGUCCACUUCAGGGUGCUGCUGAAUCAGAAACUCUUGGAGAUACAGAAGGAGCGACUCUGUCUGGGCAACGUGCCUCUGACCUAUCCACCCUACUUCAACCCCAACUUGGCUGCACUCGUUGGAAACGCUCUGAAGGAACAGUGCUCCGGCCUCGACCUUUCGAUGGGAUCUUUGAAGCGGGAACCGAUGCAAGAGUUCGAGGACGAUGACGGCGAUGACGGGAUGAGCAAUUUGGGAAGCGAGGACUCUGAAGGUUCUGCGGGGAGUAUGAAGCGAGAGCAGACGGAAACCCCUGCCCCGACGACUGGCAGGUCGAGUAGGCGGAAACCUGCAGCUCCUCAGUGGGUGAAUCCGGAGUGGCAGGAGCCAGCGAGGGCCGGGGACGAAGUGAUCAUCAACGGUGUUUGUGUGAUGCAGACUGAUGAUUAUGGCGUCAAGAGGGAGAGUGUGGAGACCGUCAGAGUUGAGCCGACUCCCGUUCAGGACCGGUUUGAGGAAGACGCUCAGAGUGAUGUUUCUUCAGUUUCCGCCCACAAUGCCCCCGACAGGGACAGUCCACUUCCGAGUCCAAAAUCGGGGCACACGAGUCCCGUGACGUCUCCGAGGCCGCCUUCCGUUCAGCAGACGCAACAGACGGAAGGGAGUCCGAAAGAGGUCGUCAAACACGAACCCGAAGAGACGUGGGAUUAUUAAUCGAUUCCGUGUCUUCGUAGUUAAGUUUUUUUUUCUUCUAACGAACAAGCCAACGAUAGGAUUCGGUCACGACUGAGUCCUGCCUAGGACAGGGCAUUAUCGAGAGAGAAACCUGAAUCAAGAAACUCAUUUGGGCCGUUCCGGGUGGAUCGAGCAAAAUCAAAAGCUUAUUUCAAAGAGACUUUUAAAAGUACAACGGAGGAAAAGUUGGUUGUUUUAGCAGGACAUUUUUCUCCGUCGACAGAAUGUGAGCAACGAACAAAGAUUGAGGGAAAAAGUGUCGAAACGCGCCUAUUUUAAUUCUAAGGACCGUCGAGUCGAAGUUUGCUCCAAGCAACGUUCGUUGUGAUUCGCUCGAAAUUCAAGAGAACCUUCGCGUUUUUAACCAGAGAGAGAGAGAGAGAGAGAGAAAACACAAAUCAAAGGCCGUGGGUUCUCGCAAAUCAGUGCAAUCUCCAAGUAAAAAAGUUGUUAGAUCAAAGUUAUUAUUAAUUUUUAAAAGAGAAUCUCGCGGGUUGCAAAAAAAAGGGGAACGCGAGACGUCGCAUAAUUGUGAUUCAUGUUAUAUCGUUUAUAUUGACCCUCAUCCUCCUCCUUUUUAGCCGUUAAGCUGUUGACGUUAAAUAUUAUAUAUAUAUUCCCAUCUCGAAUUUACGUAUCUUCGUUUUAUCUUGGUUGGUUUUGAAGAACGCUGGAAAGUCUCUUUCCUUUCGUUCAUUAAAAACCCCUUCGUCCGUCUUGCUUGCCGAGUAUUUAUAACGAAUUUUGCGCGAAAAGAGAAUCGCUCGACGAGAUCGCGCAAGAGUAAGACCGUUACCAAUGUUAUUAUUACUAUUAUGAGUAUUGUAACUAUCCUGUAAUUAGUUGUAUAGUCUCAUUAUUAUUAUCAAUUGCUAUUAUCGCGUCGAUAGCGAAUUGUAAAGACCUAGCCAAAAGAAGAGUCAGACUUAACGAGAAUCGAACAUUCGAAAGUUUUUUUUUUUAUUUUUUACUUUUAGAUACUUAAGAGAACAAUCGCUUUCAAACUAAAAAAAAAAAGAAAAGUAAUUAUUUUCCCCAAGAAAAUCUGUUCCGACCUUUUUUAUUCAACAUUUUUACAAACUGACAAACUUGUUUCUUCCUUCUUUUUAAACAAAAAGAUAGCUUCUUUCUGCUGUAAUAAGAAAAUACUUUUAAAGGUUUGUGGUGAUUGUUUGAUGCAAAUUUCUUUUUUUUUUAAAUUGCGAUCACUUUAACGAUUACAGUCAAUAUUAAAUAUUAUAACGAUUAUUACUAUUGUGUUAUCGAGAGACGAAAAGGCUUGAGAAGCCAAUGUGAUAGAGCUUAGGCGCGACGGUGGCGACAAGACAGAGGUGGUAGUGCGAUUUCUUAAACUCGCACAUGUAAAUAAUUGUACAAAGUACGAAAAAAAUUGACAAGAAACACGGACACGAUGACAGGAUUACACACAAAUACACACCUUGUACAUUCUACUCACUUAUCACAGUUCAUCAUCAAUAUGAGACAGUUUACACUGCAAAAAGUGCGCCUCGCGACGUGCGGCGCUAGUCGUGCGCUUUGAGAUGCACGUCUCUAAACGUGCGAUUCUAUCCGUACGACUCAAGACAUGCGACUCUAAUGGCACGAUUGGAGAUGUGCGUUUCUAGCCGUGCGUCUCGAGACGUACGUCGUGAGAUGUUUCUGUUGCCUCUUUAGGGCUAGAACAAUACAAGAAACGAUCGUCGAAACGGAAUGCCUCGAAGAAAUGUGAAAAACUAUGUGAGUAGUCCGAUAAGCGGUUCGACUGAGAGAGCGAAUGUCUGGAUGAGUGUCGGAUAUGUAUAAAUAGUUGGCGUGAAUGAGAGACGGAAAAGUAAAUGUCGCUAUUACGAAUCAAACUAGUAUUUACCAGAUUAAGCCACGAUUAAUCUCCGAUUAAAUUCUAGUCUGCAAAAGCUGAGUUCUUUUUUUUCUUCUUCUUCUUCUUCUUCUUUAAAAGCGCAGAGAAACAGUGAAAGGGCAUUGCAAAAACGAGAGACCAGUGAUCGUCGAUGUUUUCUUUUUCCUCGUUUUUAGUUUCUUACUAAGCAUUAAUUAUAACAAAAAGCAGUGUAACUGCGAAAAAAGCGAUAUCAGUGUACAUAGAGCGUCUUGUAACUUAAUGAUUCUAACUCGCCUAGUAACAAUAGAGGAACGUCCAGAUUGUCAGACGAUCGGCGUUUCGGGUCUUGCCGACCGACUUUGGGUCGGACAAGAGAAACAAGAAACAAAAUACGAUCUCAGACCACUAAUACCAAACUAAAUUAUUUAAAUCAUCUUAGCCUAAAGACAUUCUUCCAGUUUUUCGAUUGUCGAUACAAUCUUUCUUAUUUGCGUAUACGAGGGACGCUGAUUCCGCAAGGUGCAGACCCAUUUUUUGCAAACCACUCUCAAGCCUAAGAGUCUAGCAUCUACAAUUUUUUACAUUUAGAUUUUGUGUUCCUUUUUUUUUAACAGUCGGGUGUUUUUUUUAUUUUUGUAAUGAGGAUGGAAAUAUCAGAUGGAAACGAAAGACUGAGAAUAGGCAAGCGUUUCUGGAGGUUUUUGUAUGUUAUUUUUAAUUUGAUUUUAUAAUUUUAUUUUUUACUUCGACUCGUAGAAUUGAAGUGGUUGAUGGGGAAGCGACUAGAGGCGGAUGAUGGUCUAUAACUUUUUUUUUUCAUUCGUCGAAUCAUAACUAGGUUCUUUGUAGAUACUGAAUAGGAAAUAGAUAAGACGAUAGCUUUAAUUAUUUAAACGGUACAGCUUCGAGAGAAGAGUGAGGUGUAUAUUAUAUAUUCGAGAUCGAGGCGAAAAAAAUCAUAUCUUAAAACGUAAUAAUGAAUAUUUUACAAACAAUAAAAAGCAUGUAGAUAGAACAUUCAGAAAGAUUAUGGAAAAGUUCGGUUCGCGCGUUUCGCGUGAAACGAUUGCAGAGGUCUGAUAACAUUGUACGAUCAAAAAAAAAAAAAAACAUAAUAAAAAAAACCGGAGAACAACAAUAA